CUGGACACUCCAAGCAGUGCCUUGAAGACUUGGGUCUUGGAAUGUCUUGGGUUUACCUUCAGCUUCUUCCUGUUCCGAGCUUCGUUCUUCUUUCCAAGAGAAAAUCCGGAACCGAGCUCCGACACUUCGGCAGGGGUCAAUCCGUCAACCGGUGUUCAGGGCCUGAGAAGUCGACCUGAACCCCGCAACCGCAACCUGAGCGGGGGGAUCCGGAGUUUCUGAAACGCAAAAUUGAAACACGUGACGGCUCGUUGGACAGGUUGUGAAGACAUUCUUUUCCGCGAGCUGAGGUUCGGCUCAAGGAAGCUGCUUAACCAUGGCAAGCAAGAAGAGCAAUCACAACAGAUCCAAGCAGUUGAACCCCCAGCAUCCUACAUACUGGAAGUCGUGUGGCCAGGCACGACCUUCUAACUUUGCAGACGUGUCAGCCUACACCCAGCAGCGAGGCUUGCGAGAGGCACAGAUCUGUGCAGCAUCCCACGAAUCUAGGGCAGAGCAGGCGCUGUUGGCGGAGGACCGAAACAAGGCCCGAGAACUCUUGCAAGUUGUUUGUCCAAAAGCUCCGGUAAUGCUUGGCGGCUCCAGACACAAGAAGACGCACUUGCGAGGUGCAGAUCAAGACACGAAAGUGCUGCAGCAGCAGGCAAAGACCCAAGAGCAGCACGAGAAGAUCACCCAGCUGUUGCCUGAGUAUGGCUUCCGGGACCUAGAUCCGAGCAAUCCAAGGAUCCACAAAAUCAAAAGGAAAGGUCCACCUAUGGAUGUGGUCUUUCAGAAUACGAAUCAGCGCUUCUUCACAUCAGGCCGUCCGAAGAAUCCCUGUUCACACAACCCAGAGCUGCAAAAAGCUGUGAGGGAGGUGAAAUUGUCAGCACGAGAAAGGGGAGUGGCUCUGAGGGGCCAUGACAUUCAGCAGUGUUGCAUAGAGCAGCAGCAGACGAAGAAGCACCAGGACUUCUUAGAAGUAGCGGAAGGAGCCAAAUCCAGGUUGAUGGCCUGAUCGCAGAGGCAUCCUGCAUGAGUGCAAAAGUCUUGCGGUUCUCCAUGAGUUUGCGUGAUUUCUGCGGCAGAGCUUAGCGAAACGACACAACCGCAGGGUCA